CUUCAACUGUAAUUACAUCUUGAAACAGUCAUUUAAUAAAGGAGGAGAAAAUCAGGCAUGCUAAUGGGACUGCCAGACCUCUUCCUGAGCCAGCGGUGUUAGAGACCUGGCUCAGCUAUGAACUUCGCCAGGCACAGGGAGCUCAGUGCUGACCUUACACCAGCCUUGACCUCAUUUCCACUCAGCUGUUGGACGUGCCAAGUCAUUGCUGAGCAGGAUAGGCGGAGCCACACAGCAGGAAAAUUCAGCACAGAAUGGUGGGGAUAGUCUACAAAAACACCCCACCCCUACCCCAUACCCCUUUUGAGGGACAACACAGCAAAGGUUAGAUCACUGCCCCAUCCCUAGUAUCUAGGUGCUUAGAAAUGUUCUAGAGCUGGGUGGCUCUAGCCUAUGGUCUCAAGGAGUAAUAGGCAAGAUGGCAUCUCACUCAGUUCAGUCCUGUGAACUGAGGGUCAGGCUAAGCAACCUCCUGGAUACCAGCAGCUACCACCACUACUGUCUUUUUCCCUUUGACUCCUGUCUGAGCCCCUCCCCCAGGCUGCUGGCAUACUUAAUUGACCUCUAGGGGAGAGAAAGCCUGGCUAAGAUUCAGAUCCCCGCUCCUAGCAGCCUCCCAGUAGGCUGAUUUGUCAGCGAACCCCAAGCUUGUACUUGGGCGUUCUGGUCUCGACCUCCCCCACCACCACCCCCGUACAAGCCUGUUCCUUGCUUGGGUGGGCUACUGGUCUGAGGAACCCUUUCUACUCUUUAUGUUGUGAAGCACGUGGCCAAGGCUGUUGAGAGGCCUGCAGCUUCAUUAACUAGGGAAGGGGAGCAUAAAGCAGCCCACUGUAUCCUCAGACCCUGGUCCCCAGGGAUGCAAGAGGACAGCUGCAAGCCUGGAGCGGGGUUGUGUGCGGCUUUGAAUAGUGGGGUCCCUGUCCAAGCACGGAUAGGCAGAGCCCAGGGGAGCGGCCUCGAAUCUCUGCAGCCCCAACCAACUAAUCGACACUCCGGGGCCCACCACGUCUCUAGAUUCCAAUAGCCAACUAGGGCUUUAGUCCCACCCCGCUCCAGAGAGCCAACGGAGCACAAGACCGGCGCCACUUCCGGCCAGGAAACUAAUUGGCGCCCGCAGUGCGUGGUGACGCACUUCCUCCCUGUAACGAACCCGGCUCAGGCGGCUUCCGACAGGCGGCGCUGGAGGCCUCAACCCUUUGCGACUGGCCUAGCCCUAAAGUGUUAUGGGACUCGGGGCCCCUUGGCUCCGCCUCUUCCUCUUUCGUCAGUUCCGGGUAGAUUUCCGUGUCCGCUCGGGUCUUCGGUGAUGCGCAUACGGAAAGGUUACACCUCCCGUUGGGCAUUGGUCCAAUGCCUUCUGGGAGUUGUAGUUCCUUAUGUACUUUAAGUCGUGCCAUUCAAACAGCCGGAGACUCGGUUUCCCAGAAAGCCGAGCGAAAGUGGACAGGAACCACGGGCCGAAUCCCGCGGAACCGGCGGGACUCCGCUGGGAAAAGCCGCUGGGUAUUGCAACGUGCACGGAACGGUGAGCGUCGGCCUCCUUAGAACCGCGCGACUAGGCCAGUUCCCUGACGGCGCUUCCUCCGGACCUGGCUGGGUAGUCCCUGCGGUGGCGGUGUGUACCCGGAGAGGCUGUGUUCUGCUGAUCUAAAGCCUGUCUCCUGCAUCUCCCAGCGCGCAUCCUUUAUAUGUCUGCACUAACCCUAUCUAACCUGCAGCUCCACAACUGUGCGCGUGUGGACACACUUUAGGCACUCAGCUUCGCGAGGCCGUCGCCCGCCUGCGUGACCGGGCAGCGCCUGACUGUGAACAGAAACGCCUAGCACGUCGUGGAGGUGAAAGGGGAGCCUGGGAGGACACAGAGGGGCGUGGCCUAAGUACACCCCUUACGGCGGAACUUGGGCUGUUUCGCUACAGGUGGGAGGGUCCCAGGUCGGCAUGGCGGAGGCGGAGGCUGGCUUGGAGGCUGAGGAACCCACCGAGGAUGACACCCUGCCUUCCGACACCGUCUCCCUCAGCGACUCGGACUCGGACCUCAGCCUACCUAGUGGUGCCGAGGUGCAAGUCUUGUCCCCGGAGAGGCUUUCCGGGGAAGCCCAGGAGGAUUCCGGCACUGACGACCCUCCCUCACCUCCCACGAGUGUCCCCACCACCCCAGUUCAGCCGUUCCACCUCCGAGGCAUGAGUUCCACUUUCUCCCAGCGCAGUCACAGCAUCUUUGAUUGUCUGGAGAGUGCAGCCCGGCAGGUACCGCCGUCUGCCCCCCAAACCAGUGUGACUGACAAUGGAAGCUUCAAACGGCCUGUGACUCCCCCAAGUCAGACUCCGGCAAGGAACUUGAGCAGAGUGCAUGAGAGCACUGGCCCAAUCAGAGUACCUCCUGUGCCAGAUUAUGUGUCACAUCCUGAGCGUUGGACCAAGUACAGUCUGGAAGAUGUCGCUGAAGUCAGUGAGCAGAACAAUCGUGCUGCUGCCCUGGCCUUCCUGGGCUCUCGCAGCCAGGCAUCCCCUACAGACUAUGUACCCUCCUUCAACCAGGAUCCCUCUAGCUGUGGGGAGGGGAGAGUGGUCUUUACCAAACCAGUACGAGGCUGUGAGGCUAGGGCUGAGAGGAAGAGGAUCCUAAAGAAGGGGGAUGUGUCAAGUGCUGGGGGUGAGGCCAAUGUGGAGCUGGCCCAUCUGGCCGGGCCUGAGGCUGAGGAGUGGAGUGGCCACCAGGGACUGCAAGAGGUAGUGGUACCUUCAGGAGCUGACCACCCUGGGUCCUCAUCAGACCCCACAGGGAUGGAGGCUGUUGGUUUCCAUGGCAGCAAGAAGCGGAGCAGAGAACAUUUCCGGAACAGGGACAGUAACCCCGAGGGGCCAGGGUCUGAGAGAGGCCCCUCCGUUUGACUGCAGUGCUAGCUCUCCACCUCCUCAGCUGCCCAGCCCAGGUGGGAGGGAAGCUGUGUUGUGCAACAACCCUGGCUGGGAAUGGGGGACCUUGGAGGCCCUUGUGCCCCAGUGUCCUGGGGUGAACAAUAAAGGUUUGGGGUAUAUCUUGGA